AUGGCCACUUCUACAGUUUAUUUGGCAAAUCUCUCCAAGAAUAUCAAUAAUGAAGCCUUGAAUAUUCCAGCUGAUGCUUCUUUGGUCAACUACUUUGUUGAGCCGUUACCAGAGCUGGUACUAUCACAAAAUCAAGCCUCUUCAGGAACACCAGAACCACAGGCUGGUGCUCAAAUUUUUGGUCCAACGAAAUAUUUAGUUCAAAAAGAUGUAUUUAAUACCCCAGAAACCUUUAAUUCCUUUAACCAAGAUCAAUAUCUGAUUUCUUCAACCUUUACGUUUUUUGCUACUUCUUUGGACUAUCAUGAUUUUGGCACUAUUCCAGAAGCUACUACUCCACCUCACGUUGCACAACAUUUAAAAUUCGGCAAGCCUAUUAUCAACUCUUCAACUAUUGGAUCCAAAAAUUUCAAUUUUUCUACUCUUACUGCUGAGCUAGAUGUAAAAAGUUCUAACUUGCCAAGUUCUGUUUACAGCUUUCAUUUCUCUAGGUUUAUUACUGCAUCCAAGUUUGAAAGAGAACUAAAAAAGAGUCUACGUUUGGCAGAUGAAUCCGCUAUUAGUUUCAAUAAGAAACUUAAAAAUUUUGUAACUCAAACCGAUGAGCUUUUUAGCUAUCAUCCCUACUACCUUGAUUCUAACAGCUCUAAUUAUCUUCAACUUGCUAAAGAAAUAGAAGCGCUUAAGGUCAAAUCGCAAUUUAGUGACAUGGGGGUUGAAAUGGAUGUUUUACUUGGAGUGUCUUAA